CUAGACAAAUAGUGAACUUUGUGCUCAAGUAAUCUAAAACUUUUUGUAAGUUGUUUUUUUACUAUUUAACCUAGUAUUUAGUAUGAUACAAGAUUUAAAAUGUCCAAGCUAUCAGAAAUAAGACUCCUUUUCGAGGCGAAACUAAAAGAAGCCGUACCAGCGCCGACAUUUGAUCCAAGGGACUUAGAAAGAGUUAAAAGUGAUAAAUACUUAUACAGGGUACUUGAACACUGUUCGAACAACGUCCAAUUGGCUGCAGAAAUGUUGUUUAACAUCAUGGUGUGGAGAAAAGACAAUAAUGCUAAUGAAGUAAACGAAAAUACUGUAAACAUCGACGUUCUGAAACAGGGAUUGUAUUUUCCACAUGGUAGAGACAUAGACAGUUGUAUACUUCUAGUUAUGCGUUCAAAACUUUACGUAAAAGGCCAAGACGUAGACGCUGUAAAAAAAGUUUUUGUAUACUGGCUGGAGAGACUGGAACGUGAAGAAGGCGGGAAAAAAAUUACUUUAUUCUUCGACAUGGACGGCUGCGGUGUGAACAAUAUGAACUUAAACGUAAUUUCUUACAUGAUAAACGUUUUGAAGUGUUACUACCCAAAUUUUAUUAAUUACGUCAUAAUAUUUCAAAUGCCGUGGAUUUUAUCAGCUGGUUUCAAGAUCGUAAAGGAAAUGUUGCCAGCGCAGGCGAUUGAACGACUGCGAAUGGUGAAUAAAGAUAAACUAAAGGACUUAGUAGCUCCUGAACAGGCGUUAGUAAGCUGGGGAGGCAAGGACACUUACCAAUUCACAUUUGUGCCAGAAACAAAAGGGAAUGAACCAAUCAAAAUACAAGAAGACGAUAAUUACUCGCCCGGUGAGAUGUUACGGUUGAAACCGACGAAAACUUUACAAUUCAACUUUAUAAAUAACAGAAUAACCGCACAACUUAUAAUAACAAACAUGGAUGAUACAUUAGUGGCAUAUAAGAUUAGGACAACGGCACCUGAAAAGUACUGCGUACGGCCGAGCAGCGGCAUCCUACCAACACGAGUAUCGCAAAGCAUAGAAAUAAUCAUACAAUCAGGGUUCGAAAUCGACUCUGUCGACAAAGACAGGUUUCUUAUUGUCUCUGUACAUGUACCUAAAAUGAAUAUGUCACCAAAAGAAUUGAGUAGCGUUUGGAAAACUGCAGGCAGUAGUAUAGACGAAUAUAGACUAAAUUGUGCAAGCUUAAAUCAAAAGAUUGCAUCCACAGUUAGUAAGCCGGAAGAAGUAAGAACAGUAUCGAUAAAUUUGCAAAACGAUUUUAAUAAAUUACGUAAAAGUCUGAACUUUGUUCAAUGGCUUCAAAUUGUAACUAUGGUUUUAAUGAUCGGUAGUAUUGCAUUAAAUGUGGUGAUAUACAGGAAUUCUAGGCAUUGUGAUAAAAUUUAAUGUUUCUACUUACAAAAAUUAUAUUUGUACAUAAAGUAAGUUUGUAUGUAAUAUGUUGUUUAAAAAUUAAAAUUGUUCAAAAUGAUGCAAAUAUAUUUUCACAUUUUUUAUAAUGAAUGUGGGUCACAUUUUUUAUCUGUUUAUCUAAAAAAGACAUAUUCAGCAUUUAAUGUAUUUUUUAUAAUUUUUACACUCACAUUGAGAUUUUAAGUAAUCUGACUGAAUUACAAUUUUAAAUAUCAUAAAUAGCUCCUUUACUAUCACAACUAAAACAUAGAAUAUAAUAUCAUUUUAUUUUUUAUUAGCACUGACGAAAAAUAACAAUGUAUACUGUAUAGUCUGUCUAAAAAGUCAGUUUACAUGGGAAAUUUAAAGGGUAAUUUUAAAACUCAACCUAGCAACACUGCAAAUAAUGUAUUCUAUAUUGUAAUAUGUAGUUAAUUUAAAAUUGUAACUA